AACAAUUGGUGAUCGAUUGCUUCGGGCUGCCAUUUUCGAUUUAACCCGGAAGUUGGUGUUUCUGUUUACAGCUAGCACGAGUUCAAGCGGUUGCUAGUUAAAACAACUAACUAAAGUUAAAUAAAAAUGACCGAAACACAGAAUGGAGCGGUGUUUGAUGCCAUUUCGGUGCACAAUUUUUCGGAGAAGAUUUUGGAGCAGACGGUACAUUUUCACGUCAUGAAGCUGAGCGGCGGGUUUUUCCUCUGGGUCGGCUCGACUCCAGUCUUGUCCAACUUAGCUGUUUCAAUGAGCAGCAAAUAUGACUCGAUGCCAUUAUCUACAUUAGUCAUGGGGGACCCAUCCAAUACUACUCCAAAUACUUUGGCACAGAGAUUAGCAAAGAAGACCAAAAAGCAAGUAUUUGUGAGUUACAGUCUUCCAAUGACAGACUCCAGCCACUCUCUUCUCGUGGAAAACAGGAUCAAAAAGGAGCUCGAGCUUCACCCUGAACACUUUUGAACACAUUGGAUCCUUUUUUCGAGCUUCUUUUGUACGUAACUGAGGACACCUGGGAUGGAGGAAAAGUACAGCAGGUCCUUCUCGUAUUCUUUGGACUCCUUCUGAUGCCAUAACGAUACUCUGACAAAGCUACCACAAACGGUCACAUCAAGUGUUCUUUUAUUGACAUAAUAAAUUAAGUGGUUUAUUAUCAAAACAUGUAGGCCUAUGGCUUUUUGUACAAAUGCAUCAUAUUAAAAAAAUAACACUUAGAAAACA